ACACUGCUUGCCGCUUGCGUCUCAAAUCUGGCGUCAUCGAUCACUGAGUGGCGGAAGGCAUGGUGUGAAGUAUUUAUGUAACUUCACUCCGAUGAGGCGAAUAACAGCUCGCUGUUAACAACGGAUUGGUUAGAUCAAGCAUUGUGGGUCAAAAUUGUGAAGUUAUCGCGGGCCGCUAAGUUAGGAUCCCGAAGAUGGGCUCCGGCCAGAGUGCCCGUAAGUUGACCAUCUCGAAUGAAGAAGAGAUCGGGGUAAUCAAAGUGUCCAACGCGAUUGUGCAGCGUCUUGCUCAGAGCGAGAGAUCGGGAAUCGGCGAAUCCUCCUCUGACAGACCCAGUACGCCGCUGCAACGUCCACCACCUCCUGCUGCAACGAUAGCUCAAACUGCUGACACGACAUCCGGACAGCCGGCGUAUUAUUAUCCUGAAAUAACAAUAUCCGCUCUACAAAUGCAGCAACAAAAGGAGAACGAGCUGAGGCAACAAGAGGAAUACUGGCAGAGGCGCUUGCAGAAUCUGGAGGAUGGUUAUCAAAAUGUCACUCGCGUCCUAGAAAAUGAAUAUAAGAAGGCUAUUAGUGAAACUUCUGUUCCUAAGGCUGGACAACCUGCCGACAUUCAAGGUAUAAUGCAACCGUGUCUGGAGAGUAGUAGUAAACUUGUAAAAUGUUACCAGGACCAUCCCAAGCAAACUCUGAAAUGUUCGAAUUUGGUAGAAGAAUUUUCAAAUUGUGUCUGGAAUGUGCAGUAUACACGUGUGAUUGAAACGCGUUCGUAAUGCUUUAUUUACAGCAUUUUCACACGAAGGACAUUUAGUUGAUAAAUAAAAAAUUAAAUGAUAAGGUGUAAUGCCUAAAGUGCUUAUUUUAAUCUCAACAAAAUAUUGUUGAUAAAAGGUAGUAUAAAACGAAGAGAGUACAGCGCAGAAAAAUGUAAAAAAUAAAUUAUUUAAGGGAAAUAUAUUGCAGUUUAUAAUAAAAUGUUAACUGUUAUACAAAGUAAAUAUUGUUAGACG